ACCAGAGGUUCUUGAUAAACUUUGCAACAUCAUCUUCUCAGCCAUGAAGCUUCGUCUCAACGAAAUUCUUCACCAUGUUCAUAUCAAAAGAGCUCUUCUGAUUCCAUUCUUUCUGUUUCUAGUUCUGAUCCCUCUUCCUUUCAUUAAGAACUACUCACACCAGUCUUCUUCUUCUUCCUCCUCCUCUUCCUCUGAGAUGAGAAAAACCAGUAGUGAUUUGCAGAAAAGCAGCAGUGAUGAGAUGAUGAUGAAGAGAUGCGAUGUGUUUUCUGGGAAAUGGGUUCCAAAUCCAAGAGGGCCUUAUUACGAUGAUCGAACGUGUAAUUCAAUAAUAGAUCAGCAAAACUGCAUCAAGUCUGGGAGACCUGACAGAGAGUAUCUGAAAUGGAGAUGGAGACCUGAUGAAUGUGAGCUUCCAUUGUUUAAUGCAGCUCUGUUCUUGAAGCUUGUCAGAGGAAAAUCCAUGGCUUUUGUUGGAGACUCAGUGGGAAGGAACCAGAUGGAGUCUUUGUUGUGCCUCAUAAGCAGAGUGGCGCACCCUGAGGAUAUUUCCCUGAGGGAAACAUCAGACACAAGAUAUUUCAGAAGAUACUUCUAUGCUAAAUACAAUUUCACUCUCACAGUUCUGUGGGCCCCAUAUCUGGUGACCACGAGAGAUGCUAAAGACACAGUUCAUUCUUACAACAGCCUCAUGAACCUGUAUUUAGAUGAGCCAGAUAAAGCUUGGGCCAAUGAGAUCAAAACUUACAACUAUGUCAUCUUCUCAGCUGGCCACUGGUUCUUUCGUCCAAUACUUUACCAUGAAAAAGGUCACAUAGUUGGAUGUACCAGCUGCAACAUGAACAACAUAACAGACCUAACAAGCUAUUAUGGCUACAAAAUGGCAUUCAGAACAGCAUUUAGGACACUUCUGAACCUUGAAGGCUAUGAGGGGGUGACUAUUUUGAGGACAUUUUCUCCUCCUCACUUCGAGAACGGCCAGUGGAACACAGGAGGGAGUUGUCCGAGGACAAAGCCGUUUAAGGAGGGGGAGGUGAAGCUAGAGUGGUAUGCUCAGGAAAUGUAUUUGAGUCAGGUGGUGGAGUUUAGAGCAGCAGAGAGAGAAGGGAGAAAGAAGGGUUUGAGGUUUUGGUUGAUGGACAUAACUGAGUUGAUGUUAAUGAGACCUGAUGGGCAUCCUAGCAAGUAUGGACGUUCAAGGGAUAACAAUGUGACUGUUAAUGACUGUGUUCACUGGUGUGUGCCUGGCCCUGUUGAUACGUGGAAUGAGUUUUUGCUCUAUAUCAUGAGAAUGGACAGUCUGAAAUCCUCCUCUAGUUCAAUGUUGUAGAUAUUUUUAAACAAGAUUAAGUUCUAAAAUGUGAGAUAUAUUCCGUUUUGUUCUCAACCAGUUUUAGGCUGAAUUGGUUUUUUUUUGGGGGGGGGGGGGAAUAGUAUUCUCUGUUCUUCAUGUUGGAUUCUGGAACAUAAUGCCAAGAAAUAUAUAUAUAUCAUAGUAUAUCUUAUGUGAUCA